AUGUCCAUCACAUCACGCACAGCUUGGCGCGUUGCCUACGGGUCCGCCAUCCUAGCCUCGUCCCUCUACCUCGGGCAGACCGCUCGACGAAUAGCAGCAUCCUCAAAAUUGGGCAUCACGGAUGAAAACGUCGCGUUGCCGUCCUUUAUUGAGUCCCAGACCAUUCGCGACUACGUCAAUCCGCAAAAUAGACAGAGUCGCGCGGUGGACAUUCACACAGCAACACUGGACGUGCCGCUGAACAAGGACGACGUCUCAGACGAGGCCCUCCUGGCGCAAGCGACCAAGAGCUUCUUCAACGGAUGCGUCUUUUAUCCCGAAGCAAAGGCCUUGAAUCUUCUCAAACUAAAAGACAGCAAAUAUUCGAAACUUGCCUCCACCACAGUGCCUGCCCAUGUAUGGGAUGCGGCAGAGCUGUCGGAGACGUCCCUUCCUGCGCUGCACACGGUCCUUUUUGGCGUCUUCCGCCUCGCAGACGUUUGCCUAAGCAAGGAUCCCAGCAGCGGCACGCCCAGCCACGCGGACUUCCUGUUCGGGUCGGACAUGACCACGUUCGCCGGUUGUCAUCGCCUCAGCGUGCAACGGCUGGAAGUCGACGCCGCCAGCGAGACGCAAAGGGUCAGGCUCCAGAUGCAGUGCUACGCGUGCAACCCGCAGAGCGACAAGUCGGCAGGAGGUCUCUUGCUGGGAUUCCACAGGCUGUACGCGUCGAUGCUGUUUAGGGAAACUGCCGGGCAGCUUCAUCGAUGGUUGCAUCCCAGCACAAGUUCAUGGUGGACUUGA